GAGUCUUUCAGACAAAACCAAGAGUGGCGAGAGGUACACAAAAACAAAUCAAUUUCUAUUUCAAAAUAAUAUUUUCAAGAGCUUCCAAAUUGUGUUAUUAACGUUUCUCUAAUAUUUUUCCCCCUUCUGUAACACCCCGCUUCUCUGAAUCCCUUUCUGUUAAUCAUCUGUCUUUCAAGUUUAUGAUUUUUAGGUUUGUCUUUUUAAUACAAAAAUCACAAGAAGAAGAAGCAAACUUAGAAGCUUUCCUCGAAAGCCAGGUGUUUUCAGAAUCGAGAUCCAGGUUUUACAUAUCUUGUUAAAUAGUUUUCAUUUUUUUUCCUCAUCUUUUAAAUCAGCCAAAAGGGUUAUUUUUGAUCCCUUAAGGCUCUUUUGGAUCGAAAGGAUUGUCUAUUUAAAAUCCAUUCUAUCCCUUUUUUCUAGUGUUUUUAUUUUAUUUUAAUUUUUCAGUGUUUAGUAAUUAAAAAUUUAUAAAGACAGGUAUAAAAUUUUUCACUUAAUUAUGGCAACAAUUAUGGAUUUUUACAACAACACACAACUUUAUUCAGAUCCAUUCAGAGGUGAAUUAAUGGAAGUUCUUGAACCUUUUAUCAAAAGUUCUUCCACAAAUUCAACCCCUUCUCCUUCUCCUUCUUCUUCUUCUUCAUCAUCUUCUUUCACUCCUUUCUACACAAACGAUUGUUCAACAUCUAUGACUCAAAACUUCAUAGGUUUUGCUCAACCAUCUUCUUCUUGUUCUGUUCUUGGUCUCAACCACUUAACCCCAUCUCAGAUCAACCAGAUCCAAACUCAAAUCCAACACCAAAACUUCACACAACAACAAGAACAACGUUUCAGUAAUUCUCUAAACUUCCUUGGUGCAAAAGCGAUCCCUAUGAAGCACGUGGGAAAUUCUUCAAAACCCACGAAGCUAUACAGAGGGGUGAGGCAGAGACACUGGGGAAAAUGGGUCGCUGAGAUAAGACUACCAAAGAACCGAACGAGGCUUUGGCUUGGUACCUUUGAUACAGCAGAAGAAGCUGCUUUGGCUUAUGAUAAAGCAGCUUUUAAGCUCCGUGGUGACUUUGCUAGGCUUAACUUUCCUAACCUGAAACACACAGGUUCAUGUGUUGUUGGUGGUGAAUUUGGUGAGUAUAAGCCUCUUCCUUCUUCUGUUGAUGCUAAACUUCAAGCUAUUUGUGAAGAUUUAGCUCAGAUCCAGAAACAAGGGAAGUCAGAGAAGCCAACCAAGAAGAAAACACCCUCCAAACUUGCUUCCAAGCCUGUUUCCACGGUCACUAUUCCGUUGGAGGAUUCUGUUGAUUUGAAGAAUGUUUCGGAUAACUGUUGUAAAGUUGAAGUUUCGUUUUCGAGUGAAGGUUCUUCACCACUUUCGGAUCUUACUUUUGGUGAUGUUGGUGAGCCACAGUGGGAAGGUGAUUCUGAUAAUUUCAAUUUACUUAAGUACCCUUCUUAUGAGAUUGAUUGGGAUUCUCUCUGAAUUUGGUUGUGUGUAUCAUGUAAUUUUUUCUUUUUCUAGUCAAGGAUCUCAUCUCAUGCAUUAUUAUGCUAUUAUAUAGUAUAUGAGAUAAUUAGGUUGUAGUUUCUUAGUUUGGUGGCUACUGCAAUGGAGUUUUUGACAAUUGCAGUGUUACUCUUAGGAUUAUGAUGAGUUGGUAAUAUCUUUGUAUAAACUCUUCUUACCUUAGUUUCACAGCUGGUUUUUUUCUUGCUUGGCUGGGGAGAAGACUCUAGUUAUGUAUUUUACUGUUUAUAUUAAUAGAUGUAAUCUACAUGCAUUUUCAUUUUAUGGAAUCUAUAUUGUAUUAUUAUUAUUA